AUGGACGUUAAGCCAACACUCAACAGGGCAUACAUCGAAAGCAUAGACGAUGCCUUGAAAGUGGUUGAGUGCGUGUUGAGCGGGUACCUGCACUCGGUGUCUCGACGGCCGUAUGAGAUCGAGCGGCCGAAACUGAUUUGUUCGGGCCAUAUAUUUGUGUUCAUCGAGGAAAAGUCCGGCAUCAAGCGCUGGACUGACGGUGUGUCAUGGUCGCCAUCGCGCAUUGUAGGCAAGUUUCUCGUUUACAAGGAGCUGUUCAAGGCGUCUGGACAAGCGGUUGCCAGUCCAGGGGGGCUCAAUGGUGGGCCCAAUGGCGCCGCCGGCCCGUCGUAUAGUUAUAGGUCCGAUGGGCUUAUUAAGAAAGCGCUGUCGCUACGUGUGAGGGCCAAGCCUGGUGAGCUCAAGGAGGAAGAUGUUGAGCAGGCGUUGAACCAGAACGUGGACUAUUUCACAGUGCAUAUUAUAUCGUAUUACACGCUGGACGACAUUUCUAAUGGGAUUUUGCUAACUCCGAGCGAGUUGGAGCCGUUUCGCGGGGUUGUGCCCUCGCAGCGGCUGCUGGAAGCGCUCGAGAUGUCGAGUAUCGGCAACAAUAAGACGGUGGGGCCUCCCAAGUUCAAGCACAGGGACAGACCCAAGCCCAAGGCUGUCGGGGCUGCUUCCGCUGGUGCUGUCGCUGGCUCCAAGGUUUCUUCUUCUGCUGCCGCGUCUAAGGCGUCAAAAAAGAUAUCGCCUCGAAUUUCGACACCGAUUUUGGGCCAGUUUCCUCCCAGACCGUUCCCGCUUCAGCACUCGAGCUCCCAAAUGGGUUCCCAGAUGGGCUCCCAGAUGGGCUCCCACAACAGCCCGAUAGUGUUGAUGCCCCCGCUGUCACUGGCCCACCAGCUGCCCCAGCCAGUGUCCCAGCAGCCAGUGUCCCAGCAAUUCGCAGGCUCGCCCUCGGCAGCACCCUACGGAAUCCACUUCCAGUACCACCACCAACCGUUCCCCUUCCCGUGUCCCAACCCACAGUACCCUCAGGAACCCUAUAACUCGUACCUGCCGGCCCUCCCGAUGCCCCAGCCCGUCCUCCACACACUACCAGCCCUCGCGCCCUACCAAACGCCCCAUCAGAGCACUAACCAGGGCCCCGGCCAGUACAUGGGCCCGCAUCAUCGCCAAUUGGCAAACACAUCUGCAUCGAUUACCUUUAGCACAAGCGCCAGUGCUAGCGCCAGUACUAGCACAAGCACAAAUAUAAGCACUAAACCCCAGUACCCGGUUCCUACCACAGGUCUAACGCCUGGACCUGUCCCCUCGGGACCUGCCUCCUCAGGCACGGCUCCAGGCCAGGCUCCAGGCCCUCCUGCACCUGUCAAACCGUAA